AUGACAGUGGCGCUGCCCCACGCACACCUCCGUCCAGCAUCACCUCUCCAGCAGGUGCCUUUCUCCAGUGCGAGCUUCUCCCUUAGCGACACCGUGACUGACAGCCGCGCGAACCAAUCAGCGCCUCCGUCUGCCUCCGUUUGCGCAUACUCGGCUCCUGAUUGGUCUCUAGGGGCGUGGCCAGCCAUCGCAGAGCCUCCGCCGCGACUGGAAGCCGAGACAGACGAGACCAGCGGAUGA